CCUCUCAAACAUGGCAGCUAGACAUUGCUUUGCAAACGAAGCGGAUUUGAGGCGUGAGGUUUGUUCCCUGAUCGCCCAAAAGUCAUCAGAAGCUAUCAAAGAUCAUGGAUUUUUUACGGUCGGUUUUUCAGGUGGAAGUCUACCGAAGAUCGUUUCCCCCGGUCUGUUAUCGCAAAAGAUCGACUUCUCGAAGUGGCGAGUGUUCUUUUGCGACGAGCGGUACGUGCCAAUAUCAGACCCUGACAGCAAUUAUCAAGCAGUAAAGCAACACUUUUUAGAUAAAGCUUCUGUAGGAGAGGUGUUAAUCAUCAAUCCUGAUAUUGCAUUGGAUGAGGCCGCGAAAGACUAUGAAUCUCGUCUGAAGAGCUGGUACUCUGGCAAUGACCUCCCGUCCCUCGACAUGCUGCUGUUGGGAAUGGGGCCAGAUGGGCACACCUGUUCUCUCUUCCCUGCCCAUGCUUUGCUUGAAGAAACAUCUCGCCUUGUAGCACCGAUUUCUGAUUCACCUAAGCCGCCUCCCUGUCGGAUCACGCUUACGUAUCCAAUCAUAAAUGCGACCAAGUGUGCAGUGUUUGUGAGUACAGGAGCUAGCAAGGCCAGUGUUCUUCAGCAAGUGUUGGAGGGCGACACCGCAGAGCUGCUUCCAGCUGCAAGGGUGAAGCCAGCUUGUGGUGAACUGCACUGGUUUGUUGAUGAUGCUGCAGCUAGUCUUUUGAAAAAGACCUGAACAAUGAUCGGUUCUUUAAUUUUUUCUAAUGUUUCUAGUGUUAAUUUAGGUAAUAAAAUAAUUCUUAUCUAUGUAACGUAGUUAGCUGAUAGCCUAUCUGUGGGUACGUUCUUGCGCCAACUGAACCGGGUGGGUGGGGUCUGAGAGGGUUAGUUAGAGGGAACGUGACAGGGAGGCCAAACUGUUCUGCUCAAAAAUUUCUCCUAGGCUAAAUUGAGACACAAAAGCUUGUUGUUGAGAACACUUUAUGAAAAACAUUUAGCUCUCUUCAUCCUUAGCUCAAGGAUUUGAGAUAUCUGAUAUGCAGACACUUUACCAAUCCUAAGGACAAUCUCUUAAAUAUAGUUAGAUAAAACUGAUGGUAGUUUCCAACUCUUAAUUUCAGUGUCAAAAUGGUCUUUUCCCUCACACUGUAGUUGCUCGAGUUCCAUCUUUGAGUCAUCAUAUCCCAAAUGUGUCCUGUUCCACCUCUAUUGCUCACCCAUCCUCUCACUUUGGUAGAUCAAUUUUUUUCAGUACAAUCAAAUUGUGUUUGUAGAAAGACAAGGAUACAGAGUUAUAGCCAACUGAGUAGCAAGGUUUGAUACUGGAAGUCUUUAGGAGUUCAGUGAUUAACUCUUAGGAUAAAGACAUUCUGAUUCAUCAUGUAAGGUCCUAUGCAUCUGUAUUAUGCUGUAAAAUUGCACAUGUGGAUCAUUGCAUAAAAUAAAUGAUUAAUUAUUAACCAUCGAUAUGUAAAUUCUUAAGAAUAUAUUCUAAAGAUAUUCAUUAGCUGGCAUAUGACAAUGACCUUAAAAUUUAAAUCAGGGGUGAUAAUGAUGGGAAAAUUAAAUGUCAGUCACUCAUACAAGUUUAAGGGGUAAGGCAAUCAGACUUUGCUUUAUGUGCCUAACAUCUUUUUUUAGCAUUUUGGUAUUUGAUAGAAUGAUGGUACACACUUUAGGCCUAGGAAUUAAUUACUGCCUACUUGAUAAAUUAAGUAAUGUUUGUUAUUUAAGUCUCAGAGCUUGUUGAAUAAAAUGUUAUUUAUUUUCAGUAAA